CCUAACCAAAGAGGAGAAUACUCAAAAUUGUGGUGAAGUCAGCAGUUGAAUAUUUAGGAAUCAGCUAAACAAAUCAAGAAGUCACCUAUUCAAAAUGGCUUUCAUCCAACAAACGUUGUGCAUGUUCGUUCUUAGUUUGUACGGACAAAUUGCAUCUGGGCUCAUAAAUGGAACCGCGAUCACAAAUGGUCAGUUCGCAGCUCAUGUAAUUCUUUCACUACCUAAUGGAAAGACCUGCGGGGGUGAAGUUAUAGAUUCAGCUCAUAUCCUCACAGCAUCCACUUGUAUCUUUAAUGAAUACAAUGAACUUUUAAGUCCAAAUGUUGUAACUGUCUCCGGGAAGUGGAAUCUUACUGCAUCCACCCUUACUCCUCAGUUAAUUGACCUUAAUGUUGCUGCAAUCUAUGCACAUCCACAGUAUGACCCAUAUUCGAAAGAGAAUGACAUUGCAGUACUUAGGCUGGCAACAGAUUUGCCUUUGGAAGCUGGAAUCCUGCAACCCAGUAUGUCAAAGGCAGAUCUAACAACGCGAAUCGUGGCAGAUUCAACAUCCUGUCUAUUAGCUGGCCUUGACAGCAAUGAUAGUUCAAGUGAGCUUUCGUAUACAAGACUUCCAAUCUUUAAUAGAAUUGAAUGUAACCAAAAUGAAGAGUAUACAUUCGAGAUAAAAGAUAAAAUGAUUUGUGCCGGAACGACAACUAGUGAUAGUCUUAUUUGCGAGGCUGACAUAGGUUCUGGCCUCUAUUGCAAUGGAAAUUUAACAGGGAUUUUGUCCUUCGGUGCCGGUUGUGGUAAUACAUAUCCAGGCGUUUUUACUCAGGUCAGAAUGUACAACCAUUGGAUAAGACAACAAUUAAGGCGAAGUGACAUUCCAAGAGCUGGCCCAACUCCCCCACCAUCAAACAAUAGGUCAUCUGGGUCCCACAAGCGAUUUGGAAUUCUUUUGCUGAUUGUAACAACUGCUUUGCUAAGCAAUCUAUUGGAGCACGACAUUGGAUCCUCAAACUAGUAAUAUAAUUCUUUGUUAAUGAACCCACAAUACCGAACUCAUGUUAAAUGCAUUGUUUUGGAAUUUUUGACAAAAGCAUUAGCAGCCCGGAAUGCACAAUAUUAUUUGAAUUUUAACAAAUGUCACUAUUUUAAUGAGUUAACACAGGUGCGAAUGAAUAUAUUGUACUGGAAAAAUUUUAAAUAACAAAGAA